AUGCGGCGUCUCUCUGUUGCACAUGUGUGGUGGGUGCACGCAGCCGUCCUCACACCUGGGCGUUCACUGAAGCGCAAACUGAGCCCCGACCGCACGCCCGAUGAAGAGGUUCAGGACAGACAAAACACAUUUGUGUGGUCGGACAAGCAUGCCUUCCGCCCGCAUCAACACUUCACGUAUGACCCGUGCAGUUGGAGCCGCCCUUUAGAAGAGAAGUUGAAGGCGAAGCGGCGGCUAACAUUAGUGGAGCGACUACGCGCGCUAGAAGAGCGAGAAACGGAGGCGAGGCGUGCCUUUGAAGCAAAGGAUAAAGCAGAGGACUCCGAGGAACCGAUUGCCAAUGCAGACUAUUUCUACUCCCUGCAAGACACAGCAGCUCUUCCCAUUUCCCUGCAGAAUCUUCUUGAGCGCAUGAAUGAGCUCCGUUUACUUUUAACUAUGCCGAGGCAUGCCGGUAUAGCACUGGCAAAGGUGGAGCGGUUGCGAGAGGAGUACAGAGAGGUGUUGCUAUCUGUGUAUAACCGUGUUCGUGUGGGUGUUGUCGGAGAGACGAUAAGCUUUGAUGCGCUACUGUAUUCGUGGUUUCUACUUCUUGAGGCGGCCGAGCCUUUGUUAGAGGCAGUGACAGCUGGACAUGAUCGCCAAGAAGAUGUUUUGUAUGCCAUCUGGAUGAUGCGUGGGGCGCUCGACACGCUGCUUAUACACGCUACCAACCAUAUGGGUGCGUCUGUUGACGAGACAGUAUUGCUAGAGGGUUGGGUCGAACUCCUCGACGUGGCGACUCACCCCUUUACACGUCAUGGUUGUACAUUGCGGAACGACGGUGCUAUGCCAGUGUGCCAGCUGAAUGCUCUUGAGACGUUGUCGGGCAGUGUAUACGCGCGCACAAUGCAGGCAACGGUGGAUCGAAUGGUGGGGGACGCUGGGGUUUCUGCUGGAGCUGAGUUGCUUGACCCGCAGCAUCUGCACGCGCUUCUCCGCUGCAUGAAACACUGCCACUGCACGGAUGAGGCAGAACUCCAACGCGCGGCGUUGGUGACGCGGCGGGUAUUGGACGGGAUCCUCGCCGUACUCAAAGGGGCUGUGGCACCGUCGUUUCGCCACUCCAUGCGUUUAGCGUUGCUUGGAAAUGGGACACAUCGUGUUGCCGCCGACGCUAGUGGGGUGGAAGUUAGCCGCGCGCCAAUUCCCGUCGUGCUGGACAUGUGUGACCCACCCAAUGGUUUGAAGGAGCCGGUGACCGCGGCAGACGACGCACUACUCGUUACCCAGGCCUGCGUGACUCUUCUGCGGCUGACGACACACGCCUCAUCAGACACGCGUGCCAAGACUAUUGAGACCGCCGAUAUACUCUUACAGCUUCUUUCCUACACACCUAACUAUGACCUCAGCAUUGGCGAAACCGUCGGUUUUGUGUGUGAGCUGCUUGAGGGCGGUGCAUUGGGCGACAACGCCAGUUCAAGUGAGCGUCAUCUGCGCGUUCUUCUGCUUCUUUCGCGCCUCCAGCUCUCUCUGUGUGACGACCGCGCGUUGUUGUGCCAGCUGCUGUGUCACAUGUGUCGUCUCACCCCGCCCAAGGCAUCCACAACGACUGAGCUGCAGGAGUGGAAACGGCUGCAUGGACUUUCCAUGCACAAGCUGCUGCAGACGCUUCGAGCAGAGGAGAUGUGUCAACACGUUGAACCAACUGCCGACGGCCCAGACACAUGGGAGGCUCUCCUGGCGUUUGGCAAAUACAACGGUGUUGUUCCGCUUUCGCUGUGGCGGGACGCUUGCCACCUCCACUUCUCCGGCACUUCCCCGCUUCUACCAGCGUGUGCUCGCACCCUCUUAAUGUUGCGAACCCGCUGCAGGAGUAACGGCGCUGCUGUGACAGAUGCAGGGAAGGUUUUGUCACAGUGCACGACACACAUGGACUUCGAAUCCGUGUGCCUGAUGGCUAGGCUGCUGCAGAUUGCGCUGGGCGGGCGUGUCACCAGUGAGGAACUUACCAGCGAUGCCUCUGCGUGGGACGAGGCGCGUGACGCCGCAGACGGAGAUGUCGCGCUCUUGUCUCUGCUCGAUGCGGCUCAACGGUGCAUCGCGGCACGACAAGCUACACAGUCUGUUGUGACGACCUUUUUGUAA